AUGGUGGUAAAACCUAGUAAUUCUAAUGUGCAUCGCCAAUGGUAUUCUGUCGAACUGCAGGGGCGUCCGAAACAUGCCACCUCUAUAUCGUUUACUAUCGCUUUCCGACGGGGCGAAGACGAGCCCUGGAAGUGGGCGAACGAGCAAUUAUCCACCUCGGACGGUUGCAUCAUCUAUCAGAAGCCCGAAUCCCUUCCCGAAGAUCUGUCUCACUAUAUUGGUGCAUUACCUCCGUAUCUGCAAAUCUCGAAGGAGAAGAGCGAUACCCCAGAUACAUUGCUUUGGUCCAUUGACAGUCCCGUAAAUGCUGCAUCCGGUAGCGUUUCAGGCUAUUCGAACAACAAGCUUGGCAAGCCGACAAAUUUCUCGCGAUGGUUCGCUCUGGUACGAUUGUGGUCGCCUUGGCUUGCGCCCAGACAAGGCAAGGACAGGUUUUGGCCUGAUAAAGAGGCUAUUCUCGCCGCGUUUGAACGGAAGGACGGCUUUCAUCUCGUUAUCCUUGCGGUCAGCGGAGUGGACGACGUAUUGACUACCCUCCAUCAUGAUGCGGAAGGCAAUGUCGUGAUUGACUCCCGAAAUGACGGUGAGCAGGACGGAACCGCUCUUUUGAUUGCCGCCGUCGGCAAGUCUCUGGAGUACGCUAUUUCGGCCGCUAUGUACUAUGCUCGAAAGCUCGUUCUCAAGUACGAGGCAUUGACUGGAGAAGCGGCUGCGGAAGAGAAGGCGCUGAUGGAUGAUUAUAACCCAGCGUGGUUGGUAAAUUGGUACGAUGGGCUCUCCUAUUGCACCUGGAAUGGGCUUGGGCAAAACCUUAACGAGCAGAAGCUGUUCGAAGCUCUGGACUCUUUGGAGAAGAACGAGAUCAACGUUUCGAAUUUGAUCAUCGAUGAUAAUUGGCAAUCACUUAACCAUGAAGGCGGCGACCAGUUUCAGAAUGCCUGGAUGGAAUUUGAGGCUACCAAAGUCGGCUUCCCGCGAGGUCUCAAGGCUGCAGUAUCCGACAUUCGGAGCAAGCAUAAGAACAUUCAGCACGUGGCUGUUUGGCAUGCUCUGUUCGGCUACUGGGGUGGUAUCGCGCCUGAGGGCAAAAUUGCGAAGGAGUACAAGACCGUUACCGUACGCAAGAAAGACGGCGUCUCGGGAGGGUCCAUGCUGGUAGUCGCUGAAGAAGACGUUGACCGCUUUUAUAAGGACUUCUAUCAGUUCCUGACUUCGGCCGGAGUUGACUCAGUAAAGACGGAUGCCCAAUUCUUUGUCGACGAGCUUGAUGACGCGAAUGAUCGCCGGAAACUCAUUCGCUCAUACCAGGACGCUUGGAACAUCAGCCAGCUACGCUUUUUCUCUGGAAAGGCCAUCUCUUGCAUGUCUCAGACGCCUCAGAUCAUAUUCCAUUCCCAGCUUCCAUCAAACAAGCCCCGGAUAUUGCUGCGAAACUCCGACGAUUUCUUCCCCGAGGUUCCGGCUUCACAUCCGUGGCACAUCUUCUGCAAUGCGCACAAUGCCAUCUUCAAUCAGUACUUGAACAUUCUUCCGGACUGGGAUAUGUUCCAAACGUCACAUGAAUGGGCAGCAUUCCACGCCGCAGCUCGCUGCGUGUCUGGUGGUCCAAUAUAUAUAACGGACGUUCCAGGCAAGCACGAUGUCGACUUGAUUUUCCAGAUGACGGGGAACACGCCGCGAGGGGACACCGUUAUUCUCCGACCCCAUACAGUAGGCAAGAGUACCUCGGCCUACAACUCAUACGAUGACACUGUCCUCCUUAAGGUCGCUACAUAUGUGGGAAUGGCUAGGACCGGCGUCAGCAUCCUAGGCGUAUUUAACUGCACGCAGCACACUAUCGCAGAACUCAUUGGCCUCGAUCAGUUCCCUGGAGCAGAGGAGGGUAGCUACAUUAUCAGGAGUCACACGAGCGGACACGUCACGAAACCUACCAGUGUUGAGGAAGGCAAUGCGUUCGUCCACCUCGAGUUAUCCGUUCAAGGAUGGGAGAUCCUUUCUGCUUUCCCACUGCACCCCUUCAAGCUAGAGCGCCGGCAUCCAGCUGAAGGGCCCGCAGAGAUCUCCGUCGCGAAUCUCGGCCUUUUGGGCAAGAUGACCGGAGCUGCUGGAAUCGUCAACACCGACAGCUACAUCGAAAGGUCAUCUGGCCGACUGAGGAUCUGGACGUCACUCAAGGUUCUAGGCACUUAUGGGCUCUACGUUUCAGACCUCAAAAAGCGGUCGCUCAAGGAUGACUUCAUUGCCCUGAUAUUCGGACGUCCGAUUCCCUUCCACUGCGUCAAGAUCAAUGAUGUCUGUGACGACGUUCUCGAAAUUGAUACCGUAAGGGCAUGGAAAGAGACCAAUUCGAACGCCGGCUGGAGCAAUGAGGUUGCUAUCGAGGUGGUGAUUCGGUAA